AUGUCCUUUGAGCUCGCUUGGAGAAGGCGAUCCUGGAUGCCAGGUUCCGCUUAUUUCCGUUGCUCGCCUGUCUGGUCCACUCUGGCCCAGCAGACUUUGGUGAUACCACCAGCAGAACUGAGCGUCCGAAACAACUGGGCCGUGUUGGUCGAGACCUCCCGCUACUGGUACAAUUAUCGGCAUGCGGCGAAUACGCUGUCGUUCUACCACACCGUGAAGCGCCUGGGCAUCCCGGACUCCCAGAUCAUCCUCAUGAUGGCAGAGGAUGUGCCCUGCAACUCGCGCAACGCGCGGCCCGGCACCGUCUUCAAUGAAAAGCAGCAUAGGUUGAACCUCUACGGUGAGGAGGUGGAGGUCGACUACAGAGGCGACGAGGUGUCUGUGGAGAACUUUCUACGUCUCCUUACAGGGCGCCAUGCGCCAAGCACGCCCCGCAACAAGCGGCUGCUGACGGAUUCCUCAAGCAACAUCUUCAUCUUCAUCACUGGCCACUCCGGCGAGGAGUUCAUCAAGUUCCAGGACGACUUGGGCGGCCCUUUUUUGAAGUUCACGGCUCAGAGUAUUCAAGACUGGGAGGAGCUGACCUCCAAUGACAUUGCGGACGCAUUUAAGCAGAUGCAGCAGCAGCUGAUGCCUCAGACGCAGCAGCGGUACAAGCAGAUCUUCUGGGUCAGCGACACCUGCCAAGCGGCCACACUCCAGAACCAGUUCUACUCUCCGGGCAUCCUGGCCUACGGCAGCAGCGGCAAGAAGGAGAACAGCUACAGCCACCACAUCGACCAUGACCUGGGUGUAGCCAUCAUCGACCGCUUCACCUUCCACGCCCUCGACAAGCUGAACGGACUGGUGUCCUCUUCUCCCGAGACGGCCUCGCGGCUGCUUUAA